UUUUCUAAACAAUUUUGCUUCGAUUUUUGAGGAAAGCCUAAAAAAUUAUAGCCUGGUGCUUUCAUUUCCGGUUAUUAAGAACGUAUGAAGCCGUCCACUCUAUAAAUUAAAACAUUGGGCCUUAUUCAGCGACCAAGAAACCUUUGAAAUUCGCUUGAAAUCUUGAAAUUUCAGUACAAAUUGACGUUCUUAAAAAAAAAGUUUAAAGAACUUCAAUUUAUCUUUAAAAAAUCCACAAAAUUAACAAUAAAAUUGUACAAAAGUGAGAAAUAAUUGAAUGCUGGUGCUUCGGAAAAUCCCUAAAUCUGCCUGGAAUUCCCUGACACGUGAAAAUAUUGCCACAAUGUCAUCAAAAACAAAGAAGCCGGAAAAGAAGAGUUCCGGAAAGGGAGCAAAACCAGAUGAGAAGCCCCCAAAGGACCCAGCUGUACCCAGUGCAGUAUCCACAGAUAAGAAUGGCUGUAUCUGCAUCCGGAUAAAUGCCAAACCAGGUGCAAAACACAGUCAAAUCACCGAUGUGAGCGAAGACGGUGUCGGUGUCCAGAUCUCAGCACCUCCAGUUGAGGGUCAAGCAAAUACAGAGCUCGUCAAAUUCCUCGCAGACACUCUGGCUCUCCGGAAGAGUGACGUGAGCCUCGACAGGGGUUCCAAAUCCCGUCAAAAAGUAAUAAUUCUCACAAAAGGAUGCACAACGACGGAAAAAGUUCUAGAGAUUCUCACCAAAGAAGCUUCCUCCUCCUCAUGAUCCCAAUAAAAAGCCACAUUUCUACCACAAAAUGAUUAGUUUUUUUAUUUAUUUAUAUGUCCAAUUUCGUCCAAUAAUAAUUUAUACUCAAUAAUACAAUAACAUAGUAAAAUUAAAAA